AUGUCCAGCUGGAAUUUUGUCUUCCAAAAUGGGUGGUACAUCGGGAACAACUUCAACGCCCUCCUUUAUGCAGGAGUCGAGUUGGUGCUCUACUUCCAGACUGUCCAGACCAUCAUGGACGGGCGGCGGCGGCGCGAGGGACACAAGUUCACGCACAGCGACAAGACAUUCUUGUGCCUUUGCACCUUCUUCCUCUGCAUGAUCACCAUCUAUGUCGUCACCCAGAACUUCUUCGGCGAGGAGAUGUGGAUCAUCAACGAAGGCUACCCGGGCGGGAGCGGACAGUACUUCGACGAUCACGCGACCGUGUGGUACCAAGUCUUCGGAAGCACCAGCUGGAUCUCUCUCAGCCUCGCGAGCGACGCUUUUCUGAUAUACCGUACCUUCAUCGUCUGGUCCGGACUGCGUCACGUCAUCAUCGUGCCUUGCAUCCUCUAUGUCGGGAGCCUAGUCAUGGGCAUCUUCACCCUCAUCUACUCGUCCAAACCCGGCCUCCAAAUCAUCUUCUCCGAGGCGUCCUCGCACAUUGCGCUCGCCUAUUCCUCCAUCGGCCUCGCGCUCAACAUCACCUGCACCGCCCUCAUCUGCGCGCGCAUCCUCUGCGUCUCCCACAAGCUCCGCCGCGCGCUGGGCCCCUCCCGCCUGCUUUCGCGCGCGCUCGGCGCGGACGACGCCGCCGCCGCGGGCAUCGGCGCCACGGCGGUCAUCGUCGAGUCGAUGCUUCCCUACACGUGCUUCGGCGUCGCGUACGUCGUCACGCUCGGCGCGGGCAGCCCGCUCAGCAUCCUCUUCCUCAGCCUGUACGCGAUGUUCAACUGCCUCUCACCGCAGAUGAUCAUCCUGCGCGUCAUCGCCGAGCGCGGCUGGCGGCCCGAGCGCGCCUCG